AUGUCCGACAACUCAAAUCCUACAUACCAUGGAAUAUAUCUAUCCGGUAAUUUUGAAAUCGAACAGAAGCUCUCACCGAACCAUGGAUGGCGAUCCGAAUACCGCACAUAUGUAACUUACAUCGGUUGUGGUGGCGCGGACCGCGAUCAACGUCUACUUUAUGAGAUAAAGGCCAAGGGCUAUAGCUCACCUACGUAUAUGUUGUCUCAAGACUACAUCUACUACCUACGAGGUUCAUUCUUUCCGUCAAACAACCCUGAAACGGAAAAUGAUCAGCUCUUGUUUGAGGGUAGUGAUGCAAACGUAGUGUCAGCCUGCAAAAGUUGCGAAGUGGAUUUAGUGGACUCGGUUGGUGUCACCUCUCUAGGAAUUGUGAUUGGUAUAGAUACAAUUGUGGAAAAGUGCCGUCAAUUGGUAACAACUCCGGCGGUGGAGGGCGGAAUCCGGACCACUGUCUUGACUGUCCAGCAUGCAGACUAUCAUCCAAUAUUGAAGUCUAGGCGCGUUAGCAAGAUGGAGUAUCUGGUCCGGCCUACCCGCGCCCUUGCGGGAAACAUUGACUCUAUUAUAGUCGGAAAAGAAUGUCAAAUUCACGGUUAUAUCAAGGAUUACAAUCAGGACACUGCUUGCUAUGUAGUGAUUGUAAACAAAAUUCAUUUGACCACUGGUUUUCAAGAACAACAAUCCGCUCCAACGGCCACUUUGGACCCUGUGACAGAAAAAGCGGCCCUUGAAUCCGAAGGAGAAGCUGCUGGGGUACGGAAUGAUGACUCGCAAUUGCCACCGUCCCCUGGCCCAUCAGCUUCCUUGUCUUCUGCCUCCGACAACUCUGGUAUGCCAAAGGAGGCAGUAAUUGCAGAAGUAAAAAAGCGGGCUCGAUAUCAACCCAAAAGGAAGUUAUCUACCGCUUCGGGUGAUGUCUCGCCCUAA